AGGAUUCGUCGGUAUGAUCUUUUGCCAUGAGUAAGAGGAAGAACGUGUCCCCGACUGGACACGCGAACGAACGUCUGUCGGAGUCAUCUGAUUCCUCCACGUGUCCUCCGCCAUCUCAUUCACGCUCCGCUCCGUUAUCCCCGACGCUGCUACGCCAGGAAAACCAAAGGAUUUGACGUUUCGUUCGGUCACCGCCUCAACAUGCAGAAACGCCGUCAGUUACAGACAGAUAUUUGGAAACCGCGGUUUGCUUAUAACCCAACCCCGGUCACCCAUUCCCAUUUAUGUGCCAUGCUGCGCCGAGGAAGCCACUGCGGAAGGAAAGCGAAGAAGAAUAGCUACGGUGGGUGAGACGAUGAUGAUGAUCGGACGAGAUAUCAGCCAUCUCAAUCCCACGGUGCACGUCCCGCCAUGGCCCCCUUUCGAUGAUCCAACGGCAGUGACCACCUCAUCGUCCCACUACCCCGUCUGCGGCAUCGCCACCGGCGACGGCGUUCUGGACGAGGACACGGUCGCGGCGAUGCAGCUCUAUCUCGGCCUCCAGGAGGGCGCUGGGGAGGACGCGCCACCUGUGGUGGACGCGUACGCGUCGGAUGAGUUCCGGAUGUACGAGUUCAAGGUUCGGCGGUGCUCCCGAGGUCGCGCUCACGACUGGACCGAGUGCCCCUUCGCGCACCCGGGGGAGAAGGCCCGCCGCCGUGACCCGCGGAAGCACCGCUACUCCGGCGCACCAUGUCCGGACUUCCGCAAGGCCGGUGGGUGCAAGCGCGGCGACGCCUGCGAUCUCGCGCACGGUGUGUUCGAGUGCUGGCUCCAUCCGGAGCGCUACCGCACCCAGCCUUGCAAGGACGGCACCACGUGCCGUCGCCGCGUCUGCUUCUUUGCCCACACACCCGACCAGCUCCGCUUAGUGCCACCGCAACCCCAGCAGAGCUCUACAUCCCCGGUUGCUGCCUCCGCCGAGUCCUACGACGGGUCGCCUCUUCGCCAGCAGCCCGCCUCGCAGUCUUAUCUUUCCAAGAAUCUCGUCUCCCCGCCGGCUUCGACGCUGAUCUCCCCUCCCACGUCCCCGCCAGCGAAGUCUCCGCCGAUUUCACCCAACGGCGUGAAGCUGCGGCGGGAUUCUUGGCAGCAAAGCUCCUCGGUGAACGAAAUCGUAGCGUCGCUGAGGCAGCUGCAGCUUAGCAGGGGAAAGUCGGUGCCAAGUUCGUGGAGUUUGCAAACUGUAAAUGGUGGGUUUGCGUCGCCAAGGGGGACUCUUGCUGGGUUCAACACUGCUUUCUGUAGCCUGCCGUCGACUCCAACGGUCGCUACUGCCGGCUGGCUGGAGGAAGUGGAGCCGGCGGAGAGGGUGGAGUCCGGGAGGGCGCUGAGGGCGAAGAUGUUCGAGAGGCUGAGCAAAGACCACGUUUUUGACAAGGCAGAAGCGACGCCGGACGUUGGGUGGGUUUCUGACUUGCUAAAAUAGCAAAAAUCUUCAGACGGCGAGAAACGAAGGAUAGAAAGCGAUGAAGAAAUUGAAGGAAUAAAAAGGGUGGAUUAUAAAUGCCAUCGUCUCAUUGUUUCUUCUGCGGUUGUGACUCUUGCAGUCGCAACGCCAAAAAAAACGUUCUUUGUUGUUCCAUGUAGAAGCCAUCAACACUGUCCCAAGAAGUGUCAGAAGGCAGCUGAAGUCUACCAGAGGAAGCAGCGGUCUCUGCAAACGACUGAGUUGGAUUCUCUUCCAUUGUUCAUCCCAUCAUCCUUUUCCGUGGUUAAUGCUGGAUGUCCAAUCGAAACGUUGGACCUGUAUUUAUCCAUGUUAGCGUAUUCCUUCUGUCAUGUCGACAUUGUAAAAACGUCAACUUGCCAUCCAAUAUAUUUCUGAUGCUUAGCAAAGAUCUCA